AUGAGAAAAGUCUUAAUCACUGGAGGAAAUCGAGGUCUCGGAUUUAAACUAGCUGAAGUCUUGUCCCCAAAGCAUCAUAUACUCUUGACAGCCAGAAAUCUCAGUAGCCUUAAUGAAGCCAAGCGUAAAAUUACUGCCAUAGUGCCAAAUGCAAGCAUCACCACACAAGAAUUAGAUGUUUCCAGAUUUGACAGCGUCAAGGCAUUUCACAAAUGGAUGCUCUCAACCAACACCACUGUUGAUGUAAUUGUCAAUAAUGCUGGUGUGAAUGAUGAAAAUCAAUUAGAAAAUAAGGCCUUUGACAUUAUGAAUACUAAUUUGUUCGGAAUAAUUAAUCUAACAGAAACUAUAUUACCCUAACUCACUCAAGAUGGAAAGAUCAUUUUAAUUUCUUCUAUGCUCGGAAAGCUAAAAUUAUAACCACCCUCUACCUAAAAAUUGUUAUAAGAGAAAUUGACAAAACAAUAAAUUUUAUAGUUCGCCAGAGAUUUGAUUCACAAUUACAAAGAGGGCAAUUACGGAAUCUGGUCUUCCCACAUUUAACCACUCUAUAAGGUCUCUAAAGUAUUGACUAAUGCCUAUGCCAGGCACGUCUUAGCUGACUUAGUCCAACCCAAUCAGUCCAUCUUUUGUGUUCAUCCUGGCUGGGUUAAAACUGACAUGGGAGGACCAAAAGCACCUGGUGAAGUCAAAGACGGAAUCUUCACCAGUAGAUAUUUGAUUGAGGAAUUGCCCUAUGGACGCAAUCCUUAAUACCAUGCUAAAUAUUUCAACGACAAAGCACAGAUCGAAGACUAUUGA